AUGUACACGCGAUGGACAUGUACGAAGCGGCUGGAGUGCAUCUCGCCGGACGGCUCGGGGAGGCGAGUGAUUCAGAGUAACCUGAACUACCCCUUCAGCCUGGUGUUCUACGCCAACCACUUCUACUACACGGACUGGAGGCGGGACGGAGUCAUCGCCCUGAGCCGGGACACCAGCCAGUUUACCGACGAAUACCUGCCGGAUCAGAGGUCCCACCUCUACGGCAUCACCGUCGCCUCCCCCUACUGCCAAUCAGGUGACAGCUCCUCGUCCCAAAGCCGGAGGUAUAGGGGGCAGAUUUAAGAGACACGGGUCACGAGUCACCCACAGGGAGGCUGUAAUGACAGAGCUAAUACAAAAUGGUGCUAUUUGGGCAAGUCUGGAAGGGCUUGCAGAGUGAGGACCCCAUGGAGACUCACGGAGGUACAGGAAUUCAGUACCGGAAACCAACAAGCAAAUCCCCAAGGACAAACCUUUUUUUGACAGUUUGUAAACUUGUUUUAUACCUCAUUUUUUCUACUGUAUGUGUGUUUUUAUUUUACGAAAGGCACAGAAAAAAGAGCCUGUUUUUUUUAAAUUUUUUUUUUUUUUUUUAAAAGAUGUGUAGGAACACAGCAAUGCAGUAUUUGUUUUAUCCGUGCACUAAUAUGAAUUUGUAUUUCACAUGAAAUUGCAUUGAAGUCUGCCCGAAAUUUGCUACCACAGUUUUUUUUAAUCAUUUUAUCUUUUGUAAGAUGUAAUAUUUAUAACAAUAAAAUGUGAUUCAGGACUUGUAGAGCUGUAGUUACUGUGUCUUAGUACAGCAUCAUUCUGGUUACUUGGGGCCAAGAAGCUGCAUUAGAGUAAGCUACAGCAGAUAACUUCACUCAGAACAGGUCUUUUUACUUCAGUCCACACACCAUAUUUGGGAGGGUUUUUACUCAGUGCAGUUAUCCAGCUGACUCUGGAAUCCUGCUCCAUGAUACAGGUGACCCAGCACACCAGGAUAAUUCAAUGUGGACUCUCUCUAAGAACAGGGUUUAUAUUUGAAGUACAGAAAUUUGCUCUGUGCAACCUUUAGCAUAGUUUCUCUUCCGAGUGCAAAUGUAUAAUCCAGUACAGGAUUUUCUGACAUCGGAUUGCCCAACGACAGGUAAACACAGGUACUGACACAGCCGUUUCCUCUGAAUCAGACCUUAUGACUCCCUUUCACCUUCCUCUUGAGCCAUGCCGCAGACCAAACAAAAUCCAACAUCCUCUCUUCUCUUUUUUCCCCCCUUUAAUGCGUUUUACACAUCUCCGUUCCAACACACACACACACACACACUCACUGUACCAUAUGUUCUGCACACAUACAGUAUGAUGGCUUUCCAAGACCUAUGUCCCAAUCUUGUCCACUCUCCCAAAAAACAAAAAACAAAAAAAACAGAAA